AUGCAGCGAAGUCGAUGCCGUGCCCCAAAGUUUCGCCCUGCUUCACUGAAGCCUUCCACGAAGCUCCAGGAUGCGGGCAGCUUCUGCAUCUCAUGCGGCUCCCGCAACGCUGUCGUCUUUCGACAAAGCAAUGACAACCAGAAACUCAUCAAGUGCCAAAACUGUGGUGUUAUCUCACCUGACUUCUGUCAAUCCAAACCGGGGCCAGGAGUUCGUGAGGAUUUUUCACCUCUUAACAAGGAACGAGCACAGGAGAUGGCCGACCAGAUUCUAGAUGCAUUCACGCACCAGCACACGAGACAGAAGCUGCAACGAGCACUUGCAGUUGCUCAUGGGGAUGUGGGGCUUAUUUGUCAUAAAUACCUUCCCGUCGCGAUUGAGAUAUUCGCUCACGUCGUUUCUCUCUAUGGGUUUUCUGAGAGCAUUGAAGGUGUAAUGGAAAGUGUCCGAGUCAUGCAAACGCAGGCCAAAGAUGACGAACAACUCGUGCAAAAUCUCAUCGCUAUCCGGAAACUUCUCACACCGACGGGGAAUUGGAUCCAAGAAGACAAAGAAGCUGAAAAAGAUGAUGAGCAUCGUAGACAACUGGAACAGCAAGCGCUUCUACAAAAGGCAGAAGAAGAACAUCGUAAGGAAUUUCUAUUUCAGGAGAAUGCGAAGAAGGCUCGGCUACUGGCGAAGAAAAUUGCCUUGGGACUUGAUCCAUCCGUUGAACGUCCUCCUCUUCUUGUUGCAUUUCCGCCGCCUGUUGUAGCUGCCACUGAGAACGCGUCUCUGGAUCUUCGAGUCAACGCGAAAUUCGUGAAGAAGUUUCAGUGGUUUUUCAAUGGCCAUCCAAUUGAAACGGAGGAAUUCGUAUCUGGCAUCAAUCGAUGCACACUCGUAAUCUUAAAACUCACGAAACGUGUGACUGGAGAGUAUUAUUGCACGUGCGAAAACGAAGAGGGAACAGUCAGCUCCCCCACUUGCAGGGUGUCCCUCGCAGUCUUGAAACUAUCGCGCAUAGGAACAAAAGCCCUUGGUAACUCGGCGACGUCUCCCAUGCACUUGUGCGAUAAAAGUAUGGUGCUGACAUGCGUCGGCAGCACACUCAACUUGUACGAGGCGAAAUCCCUCACUCCAGUUAAAGCUUUCCCGGCACUUCCGACGGCUAUGGAAGCUCUUGCAUGGGAACCACAAACAGAAAGGGUCGCAGUAUUCUCGGCUUCAAUCCAGCGGGAAGACCAGACUAAAGUGUACUUUUACUCACUUGUACGCACUGAUGGAGGCAACAGCAACGCAGCUGUCCCAACUAGUACCAACCGUCGACGCAACCGCAGCAAUUUUGGUAUAUCCAAGCGCAAGGUGCCAUCCAUUAAGAAUUCACUCACGUUUCAGCUGGUGGAUGUCCAAUCUGUCGACGUAGUGGCAGAUGUCCAUGCCGCAGAAUUCGUUAACAACGGGAAGAUGUUGCUAGUGACAGACAUGAUGCAUCAAGUCGCGCUGUACGAUCUCGCACUUUCCUUCACCUGUAAGAAGACUUAUCUGUUUGGCAGCGAUGUGGUUUGUCACGUAGCGGUUAGUCCAAAAGCUCCAAUGCUCUUCGCUCUGGCUUUCCGCAACAAACCGUUCAUCAAACUUUACAGCAGCAGCACCACCGACAAGAAGACCGGACAACCAGAGAUAUUAGAGCACCGCAUCGACUUCAAGUUCCCCGCGCAUCGAGCAUCAUUCGAUUCAUCAGGUUUUUUCUUGGCUGUGGCCGAAAGUGGGUUUAUGAAGUCGUGGAUCUCCAUCGUCAAUGUCAUUACGAAGAAACCUUCGAACAAGCGCUUCAAAGCACACGCAGGCAGAGUCUCUGGACUGCAGUGGACAACAACUUCUUGGUUGCUGGUUUCCAGCAGUUAUGACGGGUACAUCAAGGUGUGGGAUCCUGCAGCGAUGACCAAUCUUUUGAGUGUUCACGUUGAGAUGUACGGAAUUCAUUCAAUGCUGUUGAUGGAGGGACCUGUUCUGAUCACGUUGGGAUACAACAACUGUCGUCUUCAGAGUCGAUCCAUUUUACAAUUGGCCGAGCUGGAGGCAUCGCGCCUGGAGGAAAUGCACAAACAAGCAGCAAACAUUCAGAAGAUCUGGAAAGGCAAAAGGACGCGUCAACUCAUAGCCAAGUACAUCAGAGGGUCCGAGAAGUGA